AUGGCUCAACAACCAGAAUUAUCCAGAUUAUCUUUACCUAAAAAUCAAGCUAUGAUUCAGAAUCAUAGAAUUCAGCUUGAACGAUUGGUACUAGAAAUAUACUUAUGGGCAAAUGCUCAUACAAUUAAUGCUGAAAACCAAGUAGCAGAUUUGCAAACACCUAAACUUGAAAAGAUUGAAAGAUAUAAUGCUAAGCAAUUAUCUGAAGCUUAUCUGCAUUCAAAUUCAGAUUUGGUAUCAACAAGAAAAACCCAUAAUGUAGAUACUAACAAAUUGGUAAUAACUAAAACUGAAAUCGAAAAGUUGGUAAGAAAUACAAUGGCAUCUACUCAAUCUGCACCAAGUGACAAGUUGAAACAUCCUAGCUUUGAUACUUUAGAGUGUCUUAACAACACAGCUGGCCUAUCUAUUAUACAAACACUAAUAGAUACAAUUACUAAAAGAGUAGUUAAUAAAUUUUCUUCUCUCUUAUCUAAGAAAAGUAAUAAAAAGGAAUUAAAAAAUUAUGAGGAUGACUCUGAUGAAGAUCUGGCUGAUCAUAUGAAUAAAACUGAACAUACUUCUCAUAAAUGUUUUAGAAAAAAAAAAAACAGAUCUAAGAAAAAAGAUAAUGUUAAUAAGGUCACUUUAGAUUCAGGUUCAGAUAUUAACAAUUCUUCUAGUAGCAAUUUUGGAUCUGAUUCUAAGAUAGGAUCUGAUGCUAUGAAUUCAUCUUCUGAAUCUGAGUCUGAUUAUAGUAUUAACAUACAUGUCUCUAAAGCAAAAAAAACAAAACCAGUUUUGGAUAUACCCAAGUCAGAGAAAGAAGAGAUUAUAAAUAAUCCUAUGGAAAUUGAUUUUGUUCAAAAAAAAGAUCCAGCUAUGGAUAUGGUAACUACAAAUUGCAAAAUUAAACAAUUAGUAAUUCUAAUGGCUACAGUUGACCCUGGUGCAAAUUUUCCAAUUAUAACAAAAGAUAUUGCUAAAUGUUUAAAACUUAUAAUUGAUACAAAAGAAAAACAUGAUCUUAGUGAAAUUGCUACAGCACCUAUUGAAUUCAUUGGAAUUGUCUAUAAUGCUCCAGUAACUUUUACCUGA